CAUAUUCUUGUAUACAGCGUUGUUCGUGCAAUGGCUACCGUAUUAGUAAGUUGUCGUGAGCUGUUACGGGAGUUGGGCACAUUCUUGCGGUGCAUUGUGGCCAGGGUUGUGUUUGCUUUGUGGUUCUUCUGGAAAAACCCUCUACAACUUCCACCUGUAACCGACAAGCUGCUUCUUCGUUCGGCGGCGUCUCUUGCUGCCGACAUUAGAAAUGGCAAGGUGAAGAGCGUGGACCUUGUGUCGGCAUACAUAAGACGCAUCCGGGAGGUGCAGGCCAUUAUCAACGCUGUCGUCGAGGAGAGAUUCGAAGAGGCCCUCAAGGAUGCCGCGGAGGUGGAUAAGCUGGUGGCAUCAGGAAGCAUGAGCGCGAGCCAAAUGAUCGAAGAAAAGCCUCUUCUGGGACUGCCGUUCACUUCCAAAAACAGCAUUGCCAUCAGAGGCAUGCGACAUGACGCGGGCUCCCUCUUCUGGCUUGGGCGGCGCGCUUUGGAGGACGCCCCGAGCGUGGCGUCCUUGAGGCAAGCCGGUGCCAUUCCACUGGCGCUGACCAACGUGCCCGAGCUGUGCAUGUGGAGCGAGUCGUACAACUUGGUCGACGGCUGCACGCGGAACCCGCACGACACCCGCCGAAGCCCCGGUGGAAGCAGCGGUGGAGAGGGAAGUCUCCUCGCAGCGGCUGGAUCCCUUAUUGGCCUCGGAACAGACAUCGUGGGAAGCGUGCGAAUACCAUCUGCCUACUGCGGAAUCUUCGGCCACAAGCCAACCGCCGGAGUGGUGCCAAACACUGGUCUCAUUCCAGAGUUUGGGGAAAACGUGGCACAGUUCAACUGCGUGGGACCAAUGACCAGGUAUGCAGAGGACUUGCCGCUCAUGCUGAACGUUCUGACAGGAACUGUGGUGGAAAGGCUUAGGCUAAAUGAACAGGUCAAUCUCAAGUCUUUGAAGUUGUAUUACAUGGACACAGAAGGGAGCCUCUACAUUAGCCGCGUGACCUCUGAUAUGCGCCUGGCAGUUCGACAGGUUACCCAGCACUUCAGCGUUGAGCACGGCCUUGAAGCGAAUCAGCUGCAGUUGCCGGAGAUGCGAUUCUGCACGGACGAGUGGUUCAAGAUUAUAGCUCUCAAGAAUCCCACGCCACUGGCUGAGACUUUCAGGCCUGGCGGUUUUAACACGCUAGCCGAACUGCUGCGCCACCUCGUGGGUGCUGGCCGGCACACACUCGCGGCGUUGGUCGCGUCGAAAGUGGCUCCACUUCACCCCUUUCGUUCGGAGCGAGAGGCUCAAGCCUUCAUUGCGUCCAUAGAAAACGCCCGCGAUCGGUUCGAGGAGACGCUGGGUGAGGAUGGAGUUCUCGUUCUGCCUGCUUCCACGAGUGCUGCGCCGUUUCACAAUCAGGAAUUUAUGUUUUUGGAUUCAACAGGCAUGACGGCUCUGUUCAGUUUGUUCAAAGUGCCCGCGACAGUGUGUCCCGUAAUGCGAUCACCGGGCGAUCUGCCCUUGUGCGUCCAGAUCGUUGCCAAGAGGGGAAACGACCGGCUUUGCCUUGCUGUUGCCAGAGAAAUAGAGAAACGCUUUGGUGGGUGGAUUGAUCCUGCGGCAAAACUUCGACGAAGACCUUGAAGACUGAGCGAAAGACCCAUUUAUUAUGGCUGAGCAAAUCCUCGAAGAAUAAUCAUGGUCAAAUGGUUUUGCGCGUUGUGCCACGUAAAGUGAACAACGUCGAAACUCGGUUGCCACGUUCCCAUAUGAAUUAUCACGAGGACUUGUUCAAAUAUUCAUAGCAUAUUUUUA